CCCGCCUCGGUACUUUCUCCAGCCGCGCCGGAUUCGGAAGUGACGCAGUCCCGUCAAACCACGCGCCCCUUCCCGCGGGGAGUGUUUCCGCCAUUUUUGAAAAUCAGGAAAAGCCGGUGGAGGUGUCUGUCGCUGCCGUCAUGGCCACCUUCGCUGUGGAGCCUCAGCAGCCUCCCACAGGAGCUGAACCAAUGAUGUUGGGUUCACCUACUUCUCCAAAGCCAGGAGUGAAUGCACAAUUCUUACCUGGCUUUUUAAUGGGAGAUUUGCCAGCUCCAGUGACUCCACAACCUCGAUCCUUCAGUGGCACUUGUGGGGGGGUUAUGGAAAUGAGAUCUCCUUUACUUGCAGGUGGAUCUCCCCCUCAACCAGUUGUACCAUCUCAUAAAGAUAAAAGUGGUGCUCCACCAGUUAGAAGUAUCUAUGAUGAAAUUUCCAGCCCAGGACUUGGAUCAACACCUUUAACUUCAAGAAGACAGCCCAACAUUUCAGUGAUGCAGAGUCCCUUGGUUGGAGUUAUGCCAGCUUCUCCAGGAACAGGUUCAAACAUGUUCAGUCCAGCAAAUAUUGGUCAGCCACGAAAGACAACUUUGUCUCCUGCUCAGUUGGAUCCCUUUUAUACUCAGGGAGAUUCCCUAACUUCAGAAGAUCACCUUGAUGAUACUUGGGUAACUGUAUUUGGGUUUCCUCAAGCAUCUGCUUCUUAUAUACUCCUACAGUUUGCACAGUAUGGAAACAUAUUAAAGCAUGUGAUGUCUAACACAGGGAAUUGGAUGCAUAUUCGUUAUCAGUCCAAACUUCAGGCCCGGAAAGCCUUAAGUAAAGAUGGAAGGAUUUUUGGAGAGUCCAUCAUGAUUGGAGUAAAGCCUUGUAUAGAUAAAAGUGUAAUGGAAAGCUGUGAUAGAAGCACCAUAUCUUCUCCAGGAUCAGCCUUCACACCACCAAUCAAAACCUUAGGCACACCUGUACAGCCUUCAAGUACUCCUAGAAUUUCUACCAUGAGACCUCUUGCUACAGCUUAUAAAGCUUCAACUAGUGACUAUCAGGUUGUUUCUGACAGACAAACUCCAAGAAAAGAUGAAAGUCUUGUAUCUAAAGCAAUGGAAUAUAUGUUUGGUUGGUAGUAUUACAGAAAAGAAUCCCUUGAAGAUAUUACACUAAAACCUGAUUGGAGAUAGGAAUGUUCUGCCAGUUUCCUUUUGGUUAGUUGUAUAACCACUUUUGGCAGGAUUUGGACUCUAAAUCAUCAUCUUCAUUUUUAAUACCUUUUCUUUUUCUUUAGGAGUACGGCAGUUUAUAGCUUGCACUUUAAAUGAUGGAUGUGACAUGCUUUUAAGAAACUUCAAACAUUUGUAAAUAGAAAGGUUACAAUGCUUGAAUGUGAUAGGUGCAUGCUUGGUCACAAAAAAGGCAUUGUUUACUGUAAAUUAUAUAAGUUUGUGGUGAUGUUUUUAAAUGGUUUUCUCUGAAAGCAGUAGACGUCUAGAACUGCCAGGACACAUGGAUUAUAAAUGAACAGUUUGAAUUAUGGUUUCUUAAUUUGGAUACUAUUUAAUACUUUUAUCAUUGCCUGCAUAUGCCCUGUCAUGAAUCAUCAUUUAGUGUGUUUCAGACAAGAAGCAGUCCUUUUUUAACCCUGUAUUCCUGUUUCCUAAUAAUAAACUUUACGAAUUAUGUAGGUUGAAUCUUUCUCUGUAUGUGUUAAUUGCACAUAAGUAGUAUUAAGUAAUCAUAGCCUUAGAAAAGAACUAGUCCACCUUCAACUCUUCAUUUUGUAGAUGAGGAAGCUGGGGCCCCAAAAGUUUGUGAUUUACUUUGGAUCACCCAAGUUAAAUAAAUAGCUGAAUUAGAUUUUGAUAAAAUUCGAUUUUCCUUUUUGCUGUGCUGUUUCCUCUACUACUAUUCUUUAAGGAACCUUCCCUGAUACCUUUUAUUAUUUUUUUACAGGUACAAUUGUUUCUUAAAGAAAAGUGUUAAUGACAACAUAGCAUAAUGGGAAAAGCCCCAGAUUUCUUUCAAAAGAUCCAGGUUCUAACCAAGAGAAUAUAUGUGGAUUCAACAUAUUUAUCCAGAAUUACAAUUUCCUUUAUAAAAUAUUUAUACAUUAUCUUUAAUCAGAAGCUGUAUCUAGGAAUAAGAUUUUUGGUAAUUUGUUAAUACACCAAUGGACUAUUUUAACUAAUUGAAAUUAUUGCUUGUAUUGUGUCUUGUGUAAACUUUUGCCUUUGCUUCAGCAUAAAGGAAAGAAAGAAAAAGAGAACAAAACUUAUGUGAUAACUCACCAAAAUGGGGUUGUCUAAAAUCCUUCUCACCUGUUUUUUUAUUAUAAUUACCAGGAGAAUCUUUAAGAGUAGAGAAAGAAAUAAUGUGAUUUAUAUCUCUUUUACUGGUUUGAAUAUGUCUUUCUGAGUCUCAAGCCAGCACCCUUCUACAAUGCUGUGACAUUAUAAGAAAAGUUAAUCCUGUUAAGUGUUUAUUGGAUUCUGACUAUAGCUUCAGUGUUCACAUACAGCUACUGUUUCAGUUAUCUAGAGCACUGUAGAUAAAUACAGAGAACAAUUUAGUAUCAAGAAUUUCCCAGUGUUAGUUCCUUGACCAGUUGAUUGAUUCCUGAUUGUCAAGAACUAUCUAGGUGUUUGACAAGUACAGGUAAACUAUGAGAAGGUAAAAUCAUUGAGAGGAGAUUGUUAUAGAAAACAUUUAAGAGAUGUGAAUUAAUUUAUUGUUCUUUUGCAUUAUUUAAAUACUAAUUUGAUCUAUUGUUUGAUGAUAUUACAUUAGAUCUUAUGAAUACAUACUAUAAUAACAUGUUCUAUAAUUCUAAACAAUCAGGAAUCGGUUGGGGAAACUGGGCAGCUCCUACUGAAUUGCUCCUCGCAUGAUGAAGGAAAUUGAUUUUUUUUCAAGAUAUGUUUUUUAAUUUAUCUGAUAGUAAUAGAUAUCAGAUUUAGUUAAUCCUAAAUUGUAAAGGAGCAAGUAUAAAAAUUAAUAAACUAGAAGAAAGGAUAUAAUAAAAAUUUGACAUGCCAAUAAACAAUGCCAGUGUAGCUUAUAUGGACAAGUUAUUAUUGCUGAAAUAUGAGAAAAAAGAUGGAAGAGAGGAGAGUGACAGCAGUGAUUUCAGUUUUAUUCAGAAGUGUAAUCAGUUAAUCAUUUGCUACAGCAAGAACCUAAAAUACAAGUUGGCCAGAAAACAUGGCAGCUUAGGACAAUAUCGGAUUAAAUUUUAAACUUCUUUGUAUUAUUUUGUGAAUAAUAGCAGCUCAAUAUAAUAAGUAAUGUCCCCCAAAAUAAUGGAAAGCAUGGAGGGAGGAACAAGCAUGAAGCCUCUAUUUGAGCCCCAUUUAAUCAUAGUAAUUCCAAAUAUUGCUUAGGAUAAAAUGGAAGGAGGGUAACAGACAUGUAAAAUGAGAAAAAAAAAAAGUUACAGUAUUCUUUUGAGAAUGGGAUUAAGAAGCACUUCUCUUUCUCUUUCUGUUAAUUUAUUGGUAAAUUUAAUAAGAGUAAGUUUUACUCUUUCUUAAUUGAUACAGGGUAACAGUUUCCAAAGUGCACAAGAUAAUCCAUUUGAGUAUGGGAAGAAAGUAUAUCUUUUAAAAAAUUUUUCCUACAAAAAAUAAGAUGUUAAAUUUUAAUAGUUAUUACUAAUUUGCACUACUAUCUUCAUGUGUCAUGAGAUGUAGGAAGGAAAGGAAGAAGUUGAAGUUCUAUAACAUAAAAACAAGGAUAGUGCCAUCUUUAGUCAUUUGCUUAUUUUAGUGCAGUUUACGUGAGUAAUAAGGUUAAGUGAAUUUCCUGAUUACAUUAUCUAUUUUUUAACUAUCACAAAAUAUAUGCAUGGCUUAAAGAUAAUCCUGAAAAGAAAUUACAGAUUGAAGUUGUUAAUAAAGCAAGAACUGACACUUAUUUAUACUUUUAAUAUUAGCUUUUUAUUAACACUGCAUUGAGGCAAAAGUGAUGAUCUAAUCAUAAUUGAUAAGAUCAGACCAACAUUGGAAAUUAUCACAAUUUGAAAUAUGGAUUUAAACUCAUUAUUAAUUAUGACUCACCCUAAGUAUAGUUUGUUUCUUGAAAUGUUGGCUAGUGAUGAUAUAAAAUCGUCAUGAUUUAGUGAGAUUAAAAACUAAGCCCUUUUUGGCAAAAUGGUGUAAAUGUGCUACCUCUAAAAACUCUACAAAUUAAAAACUUAUCUGCUUAAAAAUGUUCCAAAUGGAGUAUCAGUGAAUUUGAAACCAUUUGUUACUGUUAGUUUGCAAGUACAAUUUAUUGACAUCCUGGAAGAUUGGAGUUUAGGAUUGAAAAAGACCAUUGUUUCAAGUAAAUACAUUCAAUGAUAAUGAUCUUCCAUUUUGAUGUAUAAAUGUUUGUGAAAUAUUAAAUUGUGACAGUCAUUAAAACUAGAAAGUGAAAUAAACAACUUGGAACCAG